CCUGAGAUCUUUCCUUUUCAGAUGACCGAAGAGGAGAAAAAGGUUCGACGCCGUGUUGUUAUCAAAGAUGACAAAGACGAUGAUGAUCUCUUGAUUCAUGAUGGAGACAGAAUCGGCGAUGCUGCUUGCAACACAACAGAGGGGGAAAAUGAUGAUGAGUCCAAGGUGCGCAAAGUAAGACGGCGUUCAAGAAAAGAGUUGGAACGAAUACACUUUCAAAUGGUGAAUGAUCGUGUAGUGGAAGAUAUUACCGUUGAAGUGCUGUACAAGCCUCAUACGCUCACUAUCUUGGCAUGCUUAUCUGCCUUUUUACUUUAUAUAGCUUUUGCAGGACAAGAUCGAGGCACAGACGAAAAUGUUUAUGAUGGGUGUAUGGGAACGCUUGCCUUGUUCAUGGUUGUCAGUGCCUUAGCUUUUCCUAAUGGUCCGUUUAUACGACCGCAUCCCAUAUUGUGGAGGAUUAUCUUUGGAAUGUCUGUGGUGUACAUGAUGAUUCUUCAAUUCACGCUCUUCCAGACCUACGCCGAUAUAAAGAGAGUACUCACCUGGCUGGAUCCAGAAGGAUUAAGCCGCGAGAAACUUGAGGAAAAGGACUACGCUGUCAAUUGCUCCGAUGUAUCACUCGCACGAAUAUGGAGUCAUAUGGAUAUAUUUGCUGUGGGGCAUUUUCUUGGAUGGGCCAUGAAAGCGUUACUCAUACGACACGGCAUACUUUGCUGGUACAUCAGUAUAGCCUGGGAGCUUACAGAGGUAGUCUUCACAAAACUCUUGCCUAACUUCCAAGAAUGCUGGUGGGACGCAAUCAUUUUGGAUAUACUUCUUUGCAAUGGUUUGGGAAUUUGGUUUGGUUUGAAGAUAUGCAGUUUUCUGCGAAUGAGGCAGUUUCAUUGGGAGAGCAUCAAGGAUAUAAAGUCACAUCGUGGACGAUUCAAGCGCGCUGUGAUGCAGUUUUUACCUGAAAGUUGGAGUGAGCUGCAGUGGUUCAUUCCGAACGCUUUCAAGCGCACUGUGGCUCUUUACUUAUUUGUGCUAAUUUGGCUGCUGACGGAACUGAACACCUUCUUCUUAAAACACGUGUUUGCUGUGGACACAAAACAUCCUUUUGUGUUUUGGCGGAUCAUACUUAUCGCACUUAUCUCAGCACCAUCCAUAAGGCAGUUCUACACCUAUGCAACGGAUCCGCUUGUAAAAAGACUCGGCAUGCAAUGUUGGGUAUAUUGUGCUGUAACGGCUCUUGAAGCUGCGAUUUGUAUCAAAUUUGGACGGAGCAUGUUUCCUGAUGUCCCCGUUUAUCCUAUACUUGGUUGGAUCGGAUUUUUGGUAGUCGGAACCUUCUUUAGCAUAUGGCUGUCUGUGUUAUGGGCGCGAUGGUCAUCAGACACAAAAGAGCUAGACGUUGAUGGGGAAAAACGUGUUUUCUACAUGGAUUCUUCUCACGAAAAUCUUGGAGCGAUUCAAGACGAUGUACGACGUCGACGACGUGAUCUCGGUUUUUCUGAGUCUGAUUUUCAGUAAAUUGUUCUCUCACUUCUAAAAGAAACUGAAAUUUAUAUGCACAUCAAGGAAUCCACUUAGUUUCAAUAUCACUCUCUUAUUACGAGAACACUUUCUGGAUCGAAAACAAAUUCCUAUUGCUUUACCUCAUUUACAGGGAUGGUAACAGAGUUAACUGAACUUGAUUUCAAAAUUCUAUUGAUUGUGAGGCAUAGUUUUGUAAGAUAUCGUCCAAAAGUUUUGCCGUUAGCGCUUUGUUAUAAACACAUACAAAAUUACUUAUGAGUUUCACAGUUAGCACCUAGAAGCGAUGUAAACAGUUAGAACUUGUCCGGUGUGUGGUGCUAUUCUAGUGUUAUCAUCUGGUAACUGUGAUCUGAUCUACUUUGUUGUAAUAAGACUAUACUUGUUUUUCUCUGGCAUUAUGUUUUGUUUGAUGAAUGA